AAAAAAAACUGUUUUGUCAGACACUGAUAGAGCUGCGGAGGACCGAAGUGGUGGAGGAGUACAGUUCACUCACCAUUCACUAGUGCGCGUCCCCGAUGAGGGAAUUCAAUUCAUGAAAAGACAAGGAGUGGAUAUUCACACCGUUCAGGACUGAGGUCGUGAGGAGUGUGGGCAGCACACUCGCUGAGGUUCGGAAGACGGCAACAUGGCAGUCUCCACUCAACUGGGUUUACUGCUUUGGAAAAACUUCACCUACCGACGGAGACAGACAAUCCAGCUGCUGAUUGAGAUCGUCUGGCCCCUGUUCAUCUUCUUCAUCCUGAUCUCAGUCCGAAUGCAUUAUCCGCCCUACGAGCAACAUGAAUGCCAUUUCCCUAACAAGGCUAUGCCCUCAGCGGGUACCCUGCCCUGGGUACAAGGCAUCAUCUGUAACGCCAACAACCCCUGCUUCCGCAAUCCUACCCCCGGAGAGAGUCCUGCAGUUGUGGGAAACUUCAACGACUCCAUAAUCUCCCGUCUGUUCCUCGAUGCCAAAAAGAUCCUGCUGUACACUCAGAAUGAUAAGAGCCAAGAGGGCUACAAGGGACUGCUGAGGGCCCUCAGGAAGCUGCAGAAGAACACUGCCAGUUUCAAGUUGAAGGACUUUUUGAAAGACAACGAGACCCUUUCCCACUUCCUGCACCACAACGCCUCACUUCCUCGUCACGCUUUGAAGCAGAUAGUGGAGGCUGACGUCAAUCUGGAGAAGGUGCUGACUAAAGGUUUUGGCUUCCAUCUCAGAGACCUCUGUAACACCAUGCCGCUGGAGGAGUUUGUUCACAUCGCUGACAGCAACGUGUCCCGAAUGACUCAAGAAAUCAUCUGCCACUCCUCCAGUGACUGGCUCAACAAGGCACAGAGCCACUUCCUGUCCAAUCUGGACUUCCUCAAACCCAUUCGGAAGGAUGUGAGGUCGGACCCCAAAGUUGUUCAGGAAGUCUCAGCUGCAACCGACCUUCUUCUGGAGAGCCUGGGAGCACUGGCUGUGGAGCUUGCCGGUAUGGAGAGUUGGAAGGACAUGCGAAAGGAGAUCCUGUAUCUAACUGUGAAUGCCACAGGCUCUCCAAACCAGAUGUACCAGGCUGUGUCACGUAUCGUCUGCGGACACCCCGAGGGAGGUGGCCUCAAAAUCAAGUCCCUCAACUGGUAUGAGGACAACAACUACAAGGCCCUGUUUGGAAACCAUGGCAACGACAGCGACACUGACCCUCUCUCUGCUUAUGACAACUCUUCCACUCCAUACUGUAACAGCAUGAUGCGGAGCCUGGAGUCCAGCCCCAUCUCCAGGAUGAUCUGGAGAGCUCUGAAGCCACUGCUCAUGGGGAAGAUCCUGUACACCCCAGAUACUCCAGCAACACAGAGGAUCAUCCACGAGGUUAACAAGACCUUCCAGGAGCUCGGUGUGCUGAGGGAUCUUGGUGGGAUGUGGGAGGAGUUGAAACCCAAAGUUUGGAACUUCAUGGAGAACGGCGAAGAAAUGGACAUGGUCCGGACCCUGCUGCAGAAUAACGCCAGCGCUGCGUUCUUUAACGCCCAGCUCAGUGAGACCGAGUGGCGCGUGUCAGACGUGUUCGACUUCCUGUCCAAGGCCUCGGAGGACCAAAGACCCGCAGGAUCCGCCCAUACGUGGAGAGAUGUCUUCAACGAAACUGACCAGGCCAUACAGACCAUCUCACGCUUCAUGGAGUGUGUGAACCUGGACAAGCUGGAGCCAGUAGCUAAUGAAGAGCGAUUGGUCAACAAGUCCAUGGGUCUCCUGAACAACCAGAAAUUCUGGGCAGGAAUAGUGUUUCCUGACAUCACCCGUAGCAACAGCACUGACCUGCCUCCCAACGUCAACUACAAGAUCCGCAUGGAUAUCGAUAAUGUGGAGAGGACGAACAAGAUUAAAGAUGGGUAUUGGGACCCUGGUCCCAGAGCAGACCCCUUCGAGGAUCUUCGGUACAUCUGGGGCGGAUUUUCCUACCUGCAGGACGUCAUUGAGCAUGGAAUCAUCAGAGCCAUAACUGGCACCAAGGAGAGGACAGGCGUCUACAUUCAGCAGAUGCCUUACCCCUGUUACGUUGAUGACAUGUUCCUGCGGGUGAUGAGUCGAUCGAUGCCUCUCUUCAUGACCUUGGCGUGGAUGUACUCCGUGGCCAUCAUCAUCAAGGGCGUUGUGUAUGAGAAGGAGGCGAGGCUCAAGGAGACCAUGAGGAUCAUGGGACUGAACAACGGCACCCUGUGGCUCAGCUGGUUCAUCAGCAGUUUAAUCCCACUGCUGAUCAGCGCCGGCCUCUUGGUGAUGUUAUUAAAGAUGGGCAACCUGCUGCCUUACAGUGACCCAGGUGUUGUGUUUCUUUUCCUGGGAUCGUUUGGCGUAGUGACCAUCAUGCAGUGUUUCCUCAUCAGCACCCUGUUCUCUCGUGCCAACUUGGCAGCUGCCUGCGGUGGCAUCAUCUACUUCACUCUCUACCUGCCCUAUGUGCUGUGUGUCGCUUGGCAAGACUAUGUCGGCUUUGGGGCGAAAUUAGUUGUGAGUCUGCUGUCUCCUGUUGCCUUCGGGUUUGGCUGUGAAUACUUUGCCCUGUUCGAGGAGCAAGGGGUUGGUAUCCAGUGGUCGAAUCUGCUGGCCAGCCCUCUGGAGGAAGACAGCUACAAUCUGACCACCUCUAUCUGCCUCAUGCUGUUUGACGCUUUUCUCUACGGAGUAAUGACCUGGUACAUCGAAGCUGUGUUUCCUGGUCAGUUUGGUAUCCCCAGGCCUUGGUACUUCCCUUUCACUAAGACGUACUGGUGUGGGGAGAAAGAGAACAAAAACUUUUCCACCCUUAUGUCAAAGAAGGACAAUGCUGAAGCUGUGUGCAUUGAGGAGGAGCCGGGCCACAUUGACCCAGGUGUUUACAUCGAGAAUCUGGUGAAGGUCUACAGCCAUGGAAACAAGCUGGCUGUAGACGGACUGUCCCUGAGGUUCUACGAAGGACAAAUCACCUCCUUCCUGGGACACAACGGAGCUGGCAAGACCACAACUAUGUCAAUCCUGACGGGGCUGUUCCCACCCACAUCUGGCACAGCCUACAUCCUCGGCAAAGACAUCCGCACUGAGCUCAGCACCAUCCGACAGAAUCUGGGCGUCUGUCCCCAGCACAACGUGCUUUUCAGCAUGCUGACAGUUGAAGAACACAUCUGGUUCUACGCCCGUCUGAAGGGGCUGUCUGAGGAGAAGGUGAAGGCCGAAAUGGAGCAGAUUGUGAACGAUGUUGGACUGCCUCACAAACGAAAAUCCCGCUCCUGCACCCUGUCCGGUGGGAUGCAGAGGAAGCUGUCAGUGGCCCUGGCUUUUGUUGGGGGCUCAAAGGUUGUGAUUCUGGAUGAACCCACGGCUGGGGUCGAUCCUUAUGCACGCAGGGGCAUCUGGGACCUGCUGCUCAAAUACAGACAGGGCCGCACAAUCAUCCUGUCCACUCAUCAUAUGGACGAGGCCGACAUCCUGGGUGACCGCAUUGCCAUCAUUUCCCACGGGAAGCUGUGCUGCGUAGGCUCCUCGCUCUUCCUGAAGACUCAACUGGGGACAGGGUACUACCUGACCCUGGUCAAGAGAGACUACGACUUGGCACUUCAGUCCUGCAGGAAUUCUGCCAGCACCGUCAGCUACAGCAAGAAAACAGAGAAGGAGGACAGCGUCUCAGAGAGCAGUUCAGAUGCUGGGUUGGGCAGUGAACCGGAGAGUGAAACCACCACUGUUGAUGUCUCCCUCAUCUCAAAUGUGAUAUUCAAGCACGUCCCGGAGGCUCGCAUGGUGGAGGAUCUCGGCCAUGAGAUCACCUAUAUCUUGCCCUACAAGUCAGCUAAAGACGGGGCCUUUGUGGAGCUCUUCCAUGAGCUGGACGACCGACUCACCGACCUAGGAAUAUCCAGUUAUGGAAUAUCUGAUACCACCCUGGAAGAGAUUUUCCUGAAAGUGGCUGAGGACAGUGGAGUCGACGCUGUCGAGCUUUCAGACGGAGUCGUACCCACCAGGACUCGUCGCCGCCACGCCUUUGGAGACCACCAGAGCUGCCUGAAGCCCUUCACCGAGGAUGACUUUGAUUUCAACGACUCUGAAGGUGACCCAGAGUCCCGUGAGACCGACUGGCUCAGUGGAACAGAUGGCAAAGGUUCAUACAAGGUCAAAGGCUGGAGUCUGAAGAGACAGCAGUUUGUUGCACUACUCUGGAAACGAUUCCUCUAUGCACGGCGCUCCAGGAAAGGAUUCUUUGCCCAGAUUGUUCUGCCUGCGGUGUUUGUGUGUAUCGCCCUGGUGUUCAGUCUGAUCGUCCCUCCAUUUGGAAAGUACCCCAGUCUGGCUCUUGAUCCCGGCAUGUAUGGAGAACAGUUUACCUUCAUCAGUAAUGACUUACCUGAGGACCCCCACAUCAAUAAACUACUCGGAGCUCUGACAGAAAAACCUGGAUUUGGAACACGCUGCAUGGAAGGAGAACCCAUACGGGACACCCGCUGCACUGAAGUAGAGGACGAGUGGUCCGCCCCGCAAGUCUCUGAAAGUGUGAAGGAGAUGUUCGACCAAGGCAACUGGACCAUGGAGAAUCCAUCUCCAGUGUGCGAGUGCAGCUGCGAAGGGCGCAAGAAGAUGCUGCCGGAGUGUCCGGCAGGCGCUGGCGGACUUCCACCCCCACAGAUGAAGAUCAGCGACAAAGACACUCUCCAGAAUUUGACUGGCAGAAACAUCUCAGACUAUCUUGUCAAAACCUACGCUCAGAUUAUUGGAAAGAGCCUGAAGAACAAGAUUUGGGUCAACGAGUUCAGAUACGGUGGCUUCUCGCUGGGUGCCAGGGGCUCGCAGCUUCUGUCCAACAGAGAUGAAAUUGACGAUGCAAUCGCUCACCUGAGGAGACGCUUCCGCCUGGAGAGGGGCACUGCAGCAGAUCGCUUCUUUCACAGUCUCUCCACUUUUGUCCAAGGAUUGGACACCAAGAAUAACGUCAAGAUAUGGUUUAACAACAAGGGCUGGCACAGCAUCGGCUCUUUCCUCAGUGUGAUGAACAAUGGCAUCCUGCGGGCGAGUCUGCCAGCUGGCAAAGACCCCACUAAGUUUGGCAUAACUGCCUACAAUCACCCGCUCAACCUCACCAAGGAGCAGCUCUCGCAGGUCGCAUUGAUGACGACAUCAGUGGACGUUUUGGUGUCCAUCUGCGUGAUCUUUGCAAUGUCCUUUGUCCCGGCCAGCUUUGUGGUUUUCCUCAUCCAGGAGAGAGUGAACAAAGCGAAACACAUGCAGUUCAUCAGUGGGGUGCAGCCUCUCCUCUACUGGCUGGCCAACUUUGUCUGGGAUAUGUGUAACUACAUCGUCCCAGCCACAUUGGUCAUCAUAAUCUUUGUAUGUUUUCAACAAGACGCCUACGUCUCCUCCACCAAUCUGCCUGUGCUUGCCCUCCUGCUACUGCUCUACGGAUGGUCGAUCACCCCUCUGAUGUACCCAGCGUCAUUUUUCUUUAAGAUCCCUAGCACGGCCUAUGUGGUUCUGACCAGCGUCAACAUACUGAUAGGAAUCAAUGGCAGCGUCUCCACAUUUGUACUUGAGCUGUUUGGGAGCAAUGAGAUCGGUGGUAUCAACGAUAUCCUGAAGAACGUGUUCCUCAUCUUCCCACACUUCUGUCUGGGCCGAGGACUGAUUGACAUGGUGAAGAAUCAGGCAAUGGCUGAUGCUUUGGAGCGAUUUGGUGAAAACCGGUUCCGUUCGCCUCUGGCCUGGGACAUGGUGGGAAAGAAUCUGUUUGCGAUGGCCGUAGAGGGCGCUGUCUUCUUCUGCAUCACCGUCCUCAUUCAGUAUCGCUUCUGCAUCAAGAACAGGUCGUCUGCCAGUCACCUGAAGCCUAUUGGAGAAGAAGAUGAGGACGUGGCCAGAGAGCGACAGAGGAUCCUUGGUGGGGGAGGACAGUCGGACAUCCUUGAGCUCAGGCAGCUUACUAAGAUUUACAAGAGGAAACAGAAGCCAGCAGUGGACCGGCUGUGUGUUGGCAUCCCCCCCGGAGAGUGCUUCGGUUUGCUCGGAGUGAAUGGAGCAGGGAAAACCAGCACCUUCAAAAUGCUGACAGGAGACUCCUUGGUGACAAGUGGAGAGGCCUAUCUGGCUGGCAAAAGUGUAACGGCAGAGAUCGAUGAAGUGCAUCAGAACAUGGGCUACUGUCCUCAGUUUGAUGCUAUCAAUGACCUGCUGACUGGCAGAGAGCAUCUCGAGUUUUACGCCAUCCUGAGAGGAGUGCCGGAGAAGGAAGUCUGCGAGGUGGCAGAGUGGGGCAUCCGGAAGCUGGGCUUGGUCAAAUAUGUGGACAAGUCGGCAGGCAGCUACAGCGGAGGAAACAUGAGGAAACUGUCUACUGCCAUCGCUCUGAUUGGAGGACCGCCUGUUGUGUUUCUGGAUGAACCAACUACAGGCAUGGACCCGAAGGCACGUCGGGCCUUAUGGAACACCAUCCUGAGCAUCAUCAAAGAAGGACGAUCUGUCGUCCUCACAUCUCACAGUAUGGAGGAGUGUGAAGCGCUUUGCACCAGGAUGGCCAUCAUGGUCAACGGCAGGUUCCGCUGUCUGGGCAGCGUGCAGCACCUCAAAAACAGGUUUGGCGAUGGCUACACCAUCAUCCUACGGGUGGCAGGGCCGGACCCAGACCUCCGGCCGGCGAUGGAGUUCAUCGAACAGGAGCUUCCAGGCAGCACGCUGAAGGAGAAACACCGCAACAUGCUGCAGUACCAGCUGCCGUCGUCUCGCACCUCUCUCGCGCGCAUCUUCUCCCUGCUCGCCAAGAACAAGGAGACACUCAGCAUUGAGGACUACUCCGUCUCUCAGACCACUCUAGACCAAGUGUUUGUAAAUUUCGCCAAGGACCAAAGUGACGAGGACCAUCUGAAAGACCUCCAUCUGAGUAAGCGGGACGCUGUGGUAGUGGACUUUUCCCAGCUAAACUCCUUACUCACGGACAACAAGACUCGGGAGAGCUGCGUCUGAUUCAACUACAUACCAUCAGUGGGAGUUGCUAUGCUUCACCCACCCUCCCCCUGUCCCAGAAAGUAUGGACCACUAACCUGGAGGGGAGACAAACUUUUUUUAAAUAUUUUGUAGUCUUUUUUAAUUGUUAUCAUUUCUCAGUGGACCUGCUUUCAUCGCACAGCCUCUUGAAAAAGGCAGAGACUGCAGGUAUUGUGACAGACACUGAAGCAAUGAAAACUCAAUGCAAAUCAAUGCAAGACGUAUAUAAAUAUAUUUAAGAUGGGAAGAUAUUCCUGUGAGGGUUGGAGACUGGUGCUUCUCCUUCACGAGGCGUACAGAGAGAACACUUGAAGCAACAGGAGGUUUAUAAUGCUGUGUUAGACUGGAAAGCCUGUAGCCCUGCUACUCACUCAAUGGACAAGGCAUCGGGGAUGAUAGAAGCAGGCAUCUCUAUUUUUUUAAAUCCCCAUUCCUAGAAGUACAGUAGUUCGCAGUAGUCAGUGGGACUGUGUAUGUGCUACUCUAUUCAAACAAAAAGAAGUUUGGGUUAUCACUGCCAACUGCUAAAAGAUUGACAAACUGUCUACUUUUUUUAUUCAGGUUCCAAACCUCUCAAUCUCACGUCGUUACCAAGUUUUAUAAUGCGACUGGUUGCAAAAGGCAUUUACAAUCUAGUCAAUUCCAGUCAAAAACAUGCUAUUGCGCCAGAUAAUGAUUUUUACUAAUUCGAUUUUUUUUAAACGUAGCCUAAUUUAAUUCUACAACCAAGGUUGAUAACCAAGAUGUCUUUUUUAAAAUGUGUUCUCGGUGUCCUUGACAUUGUCCAGCACAGUGCCUAUACUGUAUCAGAGAGGAAUCUGAGCACUCCAUUUAACACCACAAUGUAUGUAGGCUGCCAAGGAAUGUAUAAGACAGAUACCCACAUGCAUCAAAGCACAAAAAGGAGCUUUUCUUGUGGAGAUGGUGAAUGAAACUUGACAGUCUUUUUAUUUCAUUUUGUCCUUUAUUGUCAAAAACAAAACAAAACAAACAAAAAAAAAUCUGUGGUCCCUCGAUGUCUGUACAAGAUGUGCAGUCUGUUUUACUGGCUUGUUUUUACUCGCCCUCUUUAAAUGGAACUGAAGGAGAAUGGACACAAGAACACUGAAGAUGGCUGAAAACAACCUGGAAUUGUUUUUGGAAGUUCAUUGGAAAUAUAUGUUGCAUGCUUUCCACCGGGCCACACACCUUGACUAUCAGCACUUUGUGUGUGUGUGUCUAAGCAUGCCCUCAGAUCAGCUUGUAACAGACGGAGGAGGACUGAAGUUUGCUAUAUUGUUGUUGGAUUGCAGGAGCACGUAUAUAUGUGGAGCCUAAAUCCAAAUUGUAUUGUAAAAAAAAAAAAAAAGAAGUGAUCUUGGCGAUGAGUUGAAUCUGAUGGAAAGUGUUUCACAGCUUCUGUGCUUGUAUGGGAUCCAAAGUUGGUACCUGUUCCACUAACAUGUGCUUUUUAUACACGCCUGUGUGAGGGCAUGAUGAUGGGUGUUUAAGACCUGAGCCAGCGCCAAUGUGGAUAUUGUGUACAGCAGAAAUUGUGUGAUGUCAAGUCAAAAGAAAAAAAAAACGUUACCAGUGGAGUGAACAAAAUGUAUCUGUGCCAAAUGGAGCUGAAUAUGUAUCUUUGAUCAACCAGCAUAAUCUCUAGGAGGCAACUGCUUUUUGAAGUUUGAAGUUGUGCUUUUAUUUCAGGUCAAUUCCAUCGGCUUCACUCGACAGAAAUCCUCUUUUCAUUUCUAGCAACUCGAAACUGAAAAAGCACAUACUAUGUAAUCCAUGUGCUCUCUGUCAUUCAGUUAGACUACAAGUAUCUGUUCUGUCUUCUAGUGAUGUUGCCAAAUUCUGAUCUUUCUGUCUGUUCACUUAAAUAAGCUGUCAAAAAAAAUCUAAUUGUAGAAAUGAGAUCAAGAUACAUAUUGUAUAUCCAGAGCAAGUCAAUAAGCCAGACUACACCUUAACAGGGACCACGACCGUUAGUGUUAUGCUUGCAAUGCUUUAUAGUCCAAAAAAAAAUUAUAUCCAGGGUACAAACUGGUGACAAAUUACCAUUAUGGGUGCUCUGUGUCAUACAAAAAUCUUUUAAAGGGGUUUCAGUUAUCUCUGGGAUCUAGUAACUGUUGUGGGGCCGAGGCAAACCCUGCUACCAACACUGAGGGGUCCGAGCCACAACCCACCAAACCCCUCUGUGAAAAAAUGAGCACUUUAUAGGCUUCAUUAUCAGCCUUUCGUUUCAAACAUGGAGGUUCAGGGAUUUGGAUGUGACAAAUCUGACAUUGGAAUAAAAAUCUCUGCACUGGAUCGCAGAUAAGAGAAAGACAAAUUGAAGCUACACCACUGCAUUGAAGGGUUUGUUUAAAACUUGAAACCGGAUGAGGGAUCACCUGUGAUUGAGAGAAAUGGUAAAAAAGCAGUGGCGAGCUAAAGAGAGGAAUGCAGAACAGUGCUACAGUUGUGAUUUUUCUCUUCUUGUGCUCAAUAUUAUUAUUUGUUUACAUUUUUAAGUAUUAAACAACAGUUUGAGUCUGUUACCCAUUGUGCAUAGUUACUCUUUAAUAAAUAAAAAAGUUCAUACAUUUUGAA